AAAAAAAAAAAAAUCUUUUUUUUUGAGAAAAGUUUUUUUCGCUGUAAUUUUUUUUUACAUAAUUUACAUAUUAAAAUAAUACUAAAAUGACCUCUGUUCGUGAAGUUGAUACUUGGAAUAAUUGCCUUAAUGCUCCCUUGCAAGAAGAUGACAAAGAAAUUUAUGAUUUAAUUCAAAAAGAGAAAUAUAGACAAUUCUCUGGCUUAGAGCUAAUUGCUUCGGAGAACUUUACAUCCUUGGCGGUUAUGGAAGCUAAUGGGUCUCCGUUGACAAAUAAGUAUUCUGAAGGUCUUCCUGGGGCUCGUUAUUAUGGUGGCAAUGAAUUCAUUGAUCAAGUCGAAAAUGUUUGUCGUAAACGUGCUUUGCAAGCUUUUCGUUUAAAUCCCGAGGAAUGGGGCGUUAAUGUUCAAUCUUAUUCUGGAAGUACUGCCAAUUUUUCGGCAUUAACGGCAUUGAUCCAGCCUCACGAUCGUUUGAUGGGAUUAGAUUUGCCCUCGGGCGGACACUUAACUCAUGGUUGGCAAACUUCCAAGAAAAAGAUUUCUUCUUCUUCUAUAUAUUUUGAAUCCAUGCCAUAUCAAGUCAAUCCAGAAACUGGACUUAUUGAUUAUGAUCGCCUUGAAGAAAAUUCUAAUCUCUUUCGUCCAAAAUUAAUUAUAUGUGGAGCUAGUGCGUACGCACGUGACUGGGAAUACGCUAAGCUUAGGAAGAUCGCCGAUAAACAUGGCGCGUAUUUAAUGGCUGAUAUUGCUCAUAUCAGUGGCUUAGUUGCUGGCCAAGAAGCCAAUAAUCCCUUUGAACUAUGUGAUGUAGUUACAACUACUACUCAUAAAACUUUGAGGGGUCCGCGUGCUGGAUUGAUCUUUUUCCGAAAAAAGGACGAACUAGAAAAUCGUGUAAAUAAUGCCGUGUUUCCUUCAUGUCAAGGAGGACCUCAUAACAAUACUAUUGCCGCAGUUGCAGUUGCGCUUAAGCAUGCAGCUUCUCCGGAAUUCAAACAAUAUGCUAAACAGGUACGUGCCAAUGCUAAAGCUUUAGGUGAAGCUCUUGUCAAUUAUGAGUAUAAAUUAGUUACUGGUGGUACGGACAAUCAUUUGAUUCUCUGGGACCUGAGACCACUUAAACUUACUGGCAGUAAGGUAGAAAAAAUUUGCGAUAUGGUUAACAUUACUGUGAAUAAAAAUUCUAUUCCUGGCGAUGUUAACAUGUUGGCACCAGGUGGUGUACGUAUUGGUACUUCUGCAUUGACAUCAAGAAGUUUCAGGGAGCAGGAUUUUGUUAAAGUUGCAGAGUAUUUGCAUCGUGCUGUUCAAAUUGCCCUUUCAGUUCAAGAAAAAGCAGGCAGCAAAAUGAUGAAAGACUUUGUAAUGGCAUGUCAAGAUAAUGAUGACAUAGCAAAUCUGAAAAAGGAAGUUGAAACUUUUUCUACAUCUUUCCCAAUGCCAGGAUUCGAUCCAAGCAAUUUGACUAAUUCAACUUCGUCCGAAUAAUUAUCAUAAAAUGAUGUUGUAGACUGGUUUAUUAUAUAUACACUAAUUUAUAAACUUCACAAAAGUAUUAGUCCGUUUAUAUAAUGUAAAAUAAAUGAUUAUUUUUGAACAUUUGAAAAAUUGUAAAAAAAGGAUAAACUAUUUUAAUUAUUAGUAUAAAUCAUUUUAUUGAUUAUUUAGAAAUCGUCAAUUUUGUCGCUGUAUACGAGAAGAGUAUUUAUA